CUCUGCUUUAUUCCUUUCUGCUGGCAGGUGCUGUCGGGGCCUUCUUUGGUUCUUCACACUGGCUCUUACCCACCACGAUGUCUCAUCAAGCUUGGCCCCAAGGGGAGAAGAUGCUUCGGCCUCUGCCCGGCGGGAGGAGGAGGAAGGAGGGAGAAGCGAUGCGCAAGAUGGAGCAGCCGCUGGCAGCGCGGCGGGGCCGGGAGCCGGGCCGGGAGCACGGCAGGUAGCCGAGGAGGAGAGAAGCCUUGCCGCGGAUCAGGCUGUCAUGGAGGGGACCAGGCAAACCAGGAUUUGUCGUCCACACAAGAUAAGUGAAUCGUCAAAGGUGUACAGGUGGGAUGACCACUCUAGUCUAGUUCUUCAGAGCCUGAACGAGCAGAGGCACCGAGGCCUCUUCUGUGACAUUGUCCUCGUGGUGGAUGAACAGCGAGUCCCAGCCCAUCGGAACCUCCUCGCUGUUUGCAGCGACUAUUUCAACUCCAUGUUCACCAUUGGCAUGCGAGAGGCCCACCAAAAAGAGGUCGAACUGUUUGGAGCCUCUUACAUUGGUCUGAAGGCUGUGGUGGAUUUCCUUUAUGGCAGUGAGCUGUCUUUGGAUGGAGGCAAUAUCGACUAUGUGCUCGAAACAGCUCACCUGCUGCAGAUCUGGAAGGUGGUCGACUUCUGCUGCGAGUAUCUGGAGAACGAAGUGAGCGAGGAGAACUACCUGUACCUGCAGGAAUUAGCCUCUAUUUACAACCUGAAGCGCCUCGACUCUUACAUCGAUUCUUUCAUCUUGCAGAACUUCGGGACGCUGUCUUUCACCCCGGACUUCCUGCAGAACAUUUCCUUGCAGAAGUUGUGCCAGUACCUGGACAGCAGCAACGUGCAGCAGGAGUGUGAGCACGACCUGCUGCAGGCUGCCCUGCAGUGGCUUACCCAGUACCCGGAAAGGGAGAACGAGGCCUACCAGGUUCUGGAUAACAUUCAUUUUCCCUUGAUACCUAAAAGUGAUCUCCUCCAUCGAGUCAAGCCGGCAGUCUGCUCCCUUCUUCCCAAAGAAGCCAACUGUGAGGGGUUUAUAGAGGAGGCAGUGAACUACCACAACAACGUGACGGCCCAGCCGGUGCUGCAGAACAAGCGGACGGCCCUGCGGACCUGCGAGGAGAGGCUCCUCUUCGUGGGCGGGGAGGUUUCCGAACGCUGCCUGGAACUGAGUGAUGAUACCUGCUUCUUGGACAUCAGAAAGGGGCAGUGGGUGGCAGAGACCCCCCUCCCAGCCAGGCGAAGCCACCACUGCGUUGCAGUCUUGGGAGGCUUCAUCUUCAUAGCCGGAGGCAGCUUUUCGAGAGACAAUGGAGGGGAUGCAGCUUCCAAUCUCCUAUAUAGGUAUGAUCCCCGCUGUAACCAGUGGAUAAAGGUUGCCUCCAUGAGACAACGCCGUGUAGAUUUCUACCUGGGAGCUAUUACUGACAUGCUGGUAGCUGUUGGUGGCAGGAAUGAAAAUGGGGCGCUUUCUUCAGUUGAGACCUACAGUCCUCAGAAGGAUUCAUGGUCCUAUAUAGCAGGCUUGCCAAGGUUUACCUAUGGCCAUGCUGGAACCGUCUACAAGGAAUUUGUGUACAUUUCAGGAGGCCACGAUUACCAAAUUGGCCCCUACAGAAAAAACCUGCUGUGUUAUGAUCACCGCACGGAUGUGUGGGAGGAGAAGAGGCCAAUGAUCACUGCCCGGGGGUGGCACAGCAUGUGCACCUUGCAGGACAGUAUCUACUCCAUCGGUGGCAGUGAUGAUAACAUAGAAACCAUGGCUCGUUUUGACAUCCUCAGCGUGGAGUCCUACAGCCCCCAGUGUAACCAGUGGACCAGAGUUGCUCCUCUCUUGCAAGCAAACAGCGAGUCAGGGGUGGCCGUUUGGGAAGGCAAGAUUUAUAUCCUCGGAGGCUACAGCUGGGAAGAAACGGUCUUCUCCAAAACAGUCCAGGUUUAUGAUAAGGAAAAAAAUAAAUGGUACAAAGGAACUGACUUGCCUAAAGCAAUUGCUGGUGUGUCUGCAUGUGUCUGUGCAUUGAAACCCAGAACAGAGGACAAAAAGAAAAAGACAAAAACAAAAAAACAUCAAGAUCGGGGAAGAUGACUACUCCUGGAUAACCACCCUUUGAUGGUGGACUCCAAAAGGACUCUCUAUUUAAUCAUUUCUAUCUAACCUUGAUUCUUUAUUUUUAAAUGGAGGGGGGAAAAGGCAUCUUCUGAAGCCUGAAGGCAUCUUCUGAAGAUGUACAAUUGAGUGUGGGUUUUGGAUCAAGCUUGUGUGUAAGGUAAAAACAAAAGAAACCAAAACCCUCCUACUGUAUAAGGGGUAACAUGGCAAGAGAACUUAUUCUGCCCUCUUGAAUGUUAAGGCUUAGUCUUUCAUGUCUGUGGUUCAUGGCAUUUCCACAUACUUUGUAUUAUAUGAACAUUUUAAAAAUAAGGUUUAAUUUGUGGCUGAGAUGAUGUCAAGGGGGAGGAGGCAGAGCAGUAAGGGUCUGAUUAGAAGCUGCAGAGCAGUUCAAAGGAGUUCAGCAGCAACUGCUAAGAAAAAAUAAACUUCUUUGAUGUUGCAAAUAUUGAAUUUUUGGAAUGUUAAAUUUCAUUUGCAAUACAUUCCUGAGUUGUCAGUAUCAGAUUUCUGAAAUGCAUGAGUGUUCAAAGAGAAUAUUGCUUUUGGUGAAUGCAGGUCAGGGGAUGAUGGUGGGGAGAAAUGGCAGGAGGUUCCUUCAGGUAAACUUGAAGAUGUCCCUCCCCAGCCCUACCAGCCUGUAGAAGCUGGGAUCCACUUCAUUUAACACCAGCCUCGCAGUGCUCAUGCCUAGUGGCCAGUGUGAACAGGGGCCCCUAUUUGUCUGUUCACAUUUUCCUUUCCCCCCCCCCAAGUUCAGACUGUCUCGUUAGUGAGCAAAGCCUUUUCUGAUGGAUUCAGCAGGGACUGGAAGCCUCGGCUCAUCAGGCAUGAAACCCAACACCUUCCCCAGCACGACAGGUUCAACAGGCAGAAACCCCAGACACGCUCAGGACUGUGGUUGGGAUCCAGACAGUGGGACUGAACUGAAAACGGUCUGUUAGAUCCUCUGUGUCACACCAUCCUCUGCAUACCAAGUCAAGAGAUUUCCGACCCAAGUGUUAGUCCACCCUCUACAAACACAGCUGAUUGUGCUGCAGAUACAGACAUUCCCCGACUGUCUGCCCAGCUUUCAGGCAUUCACCCCGGGGCGGUUUGCAAAUGUCUCUGAUUUGCAAGAAGUCGAUCACCAGCAAUCUGAUCCAGCCACUUCAGUUACUGUCAUAAUGCCAGGCCACAGAUACUGCUCCUCCUUCCCAAAAGAAAUUUUUAAGGAAGUUUUUAAAGACAACUUUUAUACUUUUUUAUAACACACGUUGCUAACUCAGUUUCUUGUUUGCCAUAUAUUAUGUUCCUUACUGCAGAAGCUCCCGCUCUGGUUGUGAGCCCGUUGCUGCCGCCAGGAGCUCGUCGUUGGGUGGAUCUUUCAGUCUUUGUGUGGCUGGUCGGGAUGGGAGCAGCUGUUGGAGCAGCAGUGACAUUCCCAGCAUUGUCAGGCAGUCAGCUGUAAGCGUGACUAUUGUGCGGCCUCUUCCCCAGCCCCAGCUCCCCAGACAUGCAAAUAAACACGCUUUAUUUUCAGCUAGCAGGGAUCUGCUGAGUGGAUUCCAAGGGCUUGGGUUUGAAGUUCUGCUGGGGAACUGUUGAUUGUUUCUGUGAUUUCUUCCUCAGUCCUUUCACCAUCUCCCUUGACAGGUAUUUCACAUUUGGCUAUUUUUGCCAUCUGGUGCAUAUACAGUUGAUACCCUGCUACCCACCUUCUCUUCCCCCCCCCCUCUUUUUUUUCCCCAACUCUUUACCUCAAUUGGAAAACACUAAGACAACGGUUUUGCACUUCAUUUCAGUUGAAGCUCUUCUAAAUCAAAGAACUCUUAGAUAUACUACAAGAACAUAUUUGUAUUUAAGGAGGUACCUCUGAGAAAAAUUUGGGGUGCAAGGAAGUUACAGGUGUGUUCUACAAUGCUAAGAAAGGACUUAAGAAAAGUCACGAAAGUUAAAUUUGCGAAAUUCCUUGAGGUUUUCUUGGUGUUUUAAAUUUUUUUUUUAAAAAAACCUCAAGAGUUAGUCUUUCAUUUGCAUUAAUGGAUUUAUUUUAAAGCCUUUGUACACUGCAUGAGGUAAUGGUUAUUGGUUUUUAUCCAAAAAUAAAUUUAAAAAAGAAACAAACACUUUGGUUAUGACGAACUCAUAAAUGAAUUGUUUGGCGGGUUUUUUAUAUCUGAAAUCUUUGCUCUCUUGACUGGCAAGUACUUAACUUUUUGGGACAUUUUCAUGUGGAAGUACAGACAGAAAAUUUCAAAGACUUGCUUUCUGUUAAUGGGUUGCUCGUUACUAUAUCCCCCCUUUUAAUGUGUUUAUGUAUUACAUUAAUGUCUGGAAACAAUAAAUCCAGUUGGAAACAAUAAAUCCAGUUUAGAAUAUUGUGCUCA